AUGGAUUCAUCGAUUGUAGUGAUGAGAGCGACAGUUGAGUCCAGUAAACGGCAACGGGAAAGUCCUAAAUUCCGAGAAGCAGAUCGUGCUCGAGCUCGUGCUUAUUACAUGUCUCUUUUUUCUACAGCACCUAAUGAAGGUAUUAUAUGUGGUUCAUGCGGCUUAAUCUUGAAACAUGUGGAAGCUCUUCGAGCACACCGUGCUGAGUUCCAUCCCAGACAAUUCGGAGAGUUACGUGAAUAUGUUCUUGGUACGGAGAAAACCGUUGAGAAACUUGCAGUGUAUGGAGCUGCUUCCUCGAAUUCCAUAGAAGAGCAAAAACUAUCUGUACCUUCAGAUUUAAUUUCUAUGUUGAGAUUGAUUCUUGUUAGCAGUGGAGAGAUAUGUGUUCAAAAAGCUGCUUGUUAUUGA